AUGUCAGAGGCGGAGCAUACGACCGAAGGCAUAAAAUAUCUGGAUCCGCCUGACAAAUCGGAGUAUGACAAAACCGAAUAUAGAGUCGUUAGACUACAAAAUGGUUUAACAGCUUUGUUAAUAUCUAAAUUGGAUGGAGCGAAUUAUGACGAUAUAAACUAUGAAGAUCGUGAAGAAGGUAAUUCUUCAGAACGAGUUAAAGGAGAUAUAUCAAAGGCAUUUUGUAGCUUGUGUGUGAGAGUAGGCAGUUUUAAUGACCCACUGGAAUUUCGAGGCCUUGCACAUUUGCUUGAGCGCAUGGUUUUCAUGGGAUCCAAAAAAUAUCCUGAGAAUUUUAAUGAAUUUGUCAGUCUCUAUGGUGGCAAUACUAAUAGUGCAACAGGUUGCGAGUAUACAAGAUUUUACUUUGAUAUCUCAGUGAAACAGUUGGAGCCAGCUCUCGAUCAUUUUGUUCAAUUUUUCAUCGAUCAUCCAUCCUUAAUGAAAGAAGAUGCCAUCGCACGAGAGCAAAAAAUCAUAGAAAACGAGUUUCAAUCCUGUUUCUUGUCCUGUGACAAAAGUAGGAAGGAACUAGUUCUGACCGAUAUUGCCCGAAUUGGUCCUCCACCCAAGAGAAUUUAUUGGAAAGCGUUAACAUCACACAAUAAUACAUAUGAUGGCAAGCUGUACGAAGAGCUACACAAAUUUAGAGAGUGCCAUUAUAGCGCUCACAAAAUGACGCUAGCUAUACAGGCAAGAUUACCGUUAGAUACAUUGGAAAGAUAUGUCACAGACUCCUUUGCCGGUAUACUAAGUAAUUGGCUAUCUUUCGAUUCCAAUUAUGAAAACAACGACAAAUUUUUUGAUACUGUCGUUUUGAAAAAAAUGUAUAAAGUUAGAUCCAUCAAAGAUAUCAGCCAACUACAUGUAAUAUGGAUUUUGCCUUCAAAAUUUAAUCAGUACAAAAGUAAACCAUAUAAAUAUAUUUCAUCGAUUAUUGAGAAUAAAAGAAGUGGAUCUUUAACUAGUUACCUGCGUAAAAAAUUGUGGGCCCUUGAUUUGUUCUGUUGUGGUAUCUGUGAUAAUGAUAAUGGUUUUGGAUACAAUUCUAAGUAUGUUUUAUUCGAGAUUAUAGUAGAACUCUCCCGUGAAGGACAACAGCAUCUGAACAACGUUUUAGAUGUAAUAUUCUCCUUUAUUAAAAGUAUCUCCUUUAUUUUAGUAAAAAGGACUGGUCCACAAGAAUGGAUUUAUAAUGAGUUUUAUAAGAUUGAAAGAAAUAAUUUUAGGUUUUUUAGAUUUUUUAAUAAGCACGAUGACGUGUUUGAUUUAUGUAAGAGUAUGCAUUUCUAUCCGCCGCGUGAUUAUUUAACUGGAAAACAUAAUUAUUUCGAGUAUAACUCGGAAGCUGUAGAAGAAUGUUUGGAAUUUUUGAAGCCAGAGACAGUAAAUAUCAUGAAUUUCGGCAAUGAUUUAGAUUUAGAUAUGGACGAGCCACGUUUGAGAACUUACUGCUCAAUUACCGCAUUACCAAAGGAGUGGAUCGAAAACUGGAAAUCGAUCGAGCCAUUACCUUAUUUUCAUUUACUAUUACUCAAUGCAUUUAUUAUCGACAAUAUCUCUUUAAUAUCAGGAUCAGCAGAAACUUUGAAAUAUCCUGUAAAAAUACAGGAUAAUGAUAUUUUGGAGAUUUGGUAUUGCCCGAAGUUUUAUUGGCCGAUGUGUCAUAUAAACCUUCAUAUUGUUUGUUCUCUGAAAAUUGAAACACCAAAGGAUGCUGCUCUCUUGGAUAUGUACUGCAGUGUACUAAAAUAUCUAUUGGUCGAAGAAUUACAUCCGGCUGUAACAGCUGGAUAUGAUUAUGGUAUCGAUGUCAGUGCAGAAGAUAUAGGUAUUACAAUACAAAUGAGCGGGUUUGGCGAAAAACUGCCAAUCUUGUUGAAGAUUAUUACAAACUGUAUAAUACAUCUCUUUGUUUCGAAAGACUUGUUUGAAGUUAUUAAAGCGCAACAAUUGAAGGCAUAUUAUCAUAAAUUUAUGGAAACUGAGAAAUUCAUCAAGGAUGUAAAAUUAUGGAUAUUAAAACGCCCUUACUAUACGUACGUUCACAAGUACGAUUCUCUAUAUAAAGAUAUUAAUGUUGAAGACUUCCAGGACUUUGUAACUUCUUUCACCAAUUAUCUGUCCAUCCAGUGCCUUGUGCAAGGCAACAUAACGAAAGACCGUACGAUCGAUACCGUCAACAUUAUACAAUCUUUCAUCACACAAAUUCACUGUCCUUUCAGUACUAAUACGAAAUCUAUUAAAGUCGCUAUAUUACCUCAAUGUAUUCAUUACAAAUUGAAAAAUAUUAACCACAAGUAUGUCAACUCUGUAGUUACAAAUUAUUACCAAAUCGGUGUUGCUACAACUGAAUCAUCGGUGUUAAUCGAGUUGAUUCUCAUGAUGAUGAAAGAAUCGUUAAGGAACUAUCCACGACGUCAAGGGCUUAGUAACGUUUCGUGUGACCUUAGAAAUAUCAAGAAAAUAUUAGGAUAUUCUAUGACUGUUUACAUUCAGGAAAAUAAAUACUCAUUCGACUCUGUUGAUGAUGUGAUCGAGGAUUUUCAGAAUUCGUUUACUUCCAAGUUAUACCAAUUCUCAGAAACAGAAUUAGAUCAUGUCAAAGAAAGACUGAGAAUUUUAAAGCAACAUGACGAACAUGCAGAAAUUUUAAGAAACGGAGUUGACAGGAACUGGAGUGAGAUCACGAAGCAGCAGUACAUAUUUAACAGACAUGAAGUGGAAGCGCUUGCAAUAGAGAACAUAAAUAAGAGGGAACUGGUAAACUUUUUUCAAACGAGCAUACGGUGUAAAGCGCGUUUGAAAAAAUUACGCGUAUGUGUUGAAGGAACUCCGAAGGAAAUUGCAUUAAUUGCGGAAUCUCGUAAAAAAAAUAAAUACUCUUUUUCGGACUAUGUAAUCGACGGUUUGCACCAGAAAUUUUCUUAUUACUGA